GCUGCUGUCCAGGUAUAUCACAAACGUCCUUAUUUAUUGUAUGAAUUAUACAUGAACAUGGCAUUAACAAAACCCAACUAUGACCAUGACUGCAAGCAGGGGCGGACUGACAACUCAUGGGGCCCCCGGGCAAUAGGGGAUCAUGGGGCCCCUGUGUCCUUGCCCAAACUCAAAAAAGUCUGAAAAAGGUACCAGGGACAUCUCAUGGGGCCCCCUACUGACCCCGGGCCCUCGGGCAGUGUCUGAGAUUUCAAAUGGUCAGUCCGCCCCUGACUGCAAGU